AUGGUUUGCACGCCGACCUCUGCAGACGGCAGUGGGCCGCAGGGAGACCGCAGCUGCACCCCUGCCACUGCUGCGCCGCCCACGGCCAGCCGCACCGCUCCUCCGCCAGAUGACUCUGCCGUCUCUCGCCUGCGGAGCCUGCCUGAAAAGGAGAAGAACAGCAGACUGAUUAAGGCAGCGAAGGAGGAUGCAGUCACAGAGCUGCAGACGCUGCUGGCAGCUGGUGCGGACGUGGGGGCGAGGGAUGAGGACGAGCGCAGGUACACCGCCCUGCACUGGGCAGCAGAGAAGGGACAUGAGAAGGCAGUGAAGUGCCUGGUUGUGGGUGGAGCAGACGUGGACGCCAGGAGCAGCGGCUGGCAGGAGACGCCCCUGCACAAGGCUGCAAGUAAUGGCCACGAGGCUGUGGUGCGGCUUCUGCUGGAGGCAGGAGCGGAGGCUGAUGCCAGGAACAAAACGCAGAGCACGCCCUUGCUUGUGGCUGCAUAUCAUGGUCACGUGGCUGUGGUGCGGCUGCUGCUGGCGAACACUCCUUACCACAACGCCAGGGAUCAGUGGGGACGAACGCCGCUGCACAAUGCGACUCUGCGCGAACAUGCAGAGGCGGCUUCGGCACUGCUAGAUGCUGGGGCCGACCGCUGGGCCAGGAAUAACGAGGGAAAAACCCCACUGGACCUUGCCAAGCAGAACAACCACCAGCAGCUGAUAGACAUGUUAAGGUGA